AUGCAAUUCCGUUGCCUAGAAGUCCUCAGCGUCUCAUUUUUGGCAGGAAUAGCGGCGCGAGCUGCAAAAUUUGAUGGACCGGAUUACCAUUCCCUCCCGUUAGACACGAUAUUCCCUGGGCCAUGGGAGAGCAAUAUACGAGCUCCUUUCAACAAGUCAUACAUUACGCCAAAUAAGAUAUUCAAAUUCGAAGGCGCGGUCUCUGGCCUCGAGUCUGUUUUGCAAGAUGCGAAAACCGAGCGAAGCAUUAGUUGGGUGAUCGGCCUGGGAGGUUUGGUUACCUUUGAGUUUGGAGAGAAUGUUGCUGGGAAAGUAUGUUUUGAGGUCGACUCCAUCAAGGGCGAUCCCUAUGUUGUGCUGGCCUACUCCGAAUCUUCCUUCUUCGCAGACCGAGAAUGCGAUGCAACUGGUGAUGACGAUAGAGACCUGCCGCUUUCUUUCUCUUUGAAUCAUACUGGGACGAACUGCGUUGGAGGAGGUUACAAUAGAGGGGGUUUCAAGUACCUGACUGUGUAUAUGCCAACUUCAGAUACUCCCACUGAAGGCGGAUACUGGCAUGAGGGACAUUCAGCGCCGAAGAUUUCUGUGAAAAAGCAAUCUUGGUACCAUACGAUUCGACAGAAACUAUUGGGACUGGAUACUGACACCAAGAACGAAGCACUGAAAGAGCCUGCGGUUACCAUCUCGAAGAUCUGGGUCAAUUGUACCGCAUUUCCCUCGAAUCCGAAUGGGAGAGCUUACACAGGAUACUUCGACAGCUCUUCUUCCAUUUUGAACCGUGUCUGGUAUGCAGGCGCCUAUACCUUACAGCUCUCCACUUUAGAUCCAAAGGAGGGUGGAUCUCUUAUCAACUUCAAUCGCAAUUUUGAUCACAACCGUGCACCUCCAGGGGCUUGGUACUCCAACUAUACCAUUGCCAAUGGCACUGCCGUCACAACCGACGGAGCGAAACGAGACAGGAUGGUUUGGCCUGGCGAUAUGACCAUUGCUGUGCCCGGAAUCGCAGUUUCGACGUACGAUAUGCUGGCAGUGAGAAAUGCACUCGAUAUUAUAUACCAUCGCCAGUAUUCCGACGGCUCUAUGCCGUAUGCCGGGCCUCCGAUGGGGGCCUUUGGCGAGUUCAGUGAUACAUACCACCUUCACACCUUAGUCGGAACAUAUCAAUAUGUUCUGUACUCGGGUGAUCUCGAUUGGCUCGAAGAGAGGUGGAAUGCCUACACUACUGCGCUUGCAGUCAGCAUCCGAAAGGUUGACGAAACAGGUCUUUUGCAUGUGUCCUCUAGAAACGAUUGGAUUCGGCCAGGGAUGACCGGUCAUAAUGUUGAGGCCUCGUCUAUUCUACUUGAUGUUCUUGCAAACAGCAUCAAACUUGCCAGCUGGAUCGGCAAGAACGCUACCUCUGACGGCGAAGACUGGUCUAAGACCCGACAACGGCUGUAUAAAGGUAUCUCCACCUUGUACUGCCAAGAGGAUGGUUUGUACGGCGAUAACAUAGGCCGACGAGGCUGCAGUGGACCUGAGAAAGUCCUCCCACAAGAUGGAAACAGUUGGGCCUUGAUUUCGGGGGCGGUAGUGUCCGGGUCUACUGCUUACAACGUUUCCGAGAAUUUGCGGAAACGAUGGGUCAAGGCUGGUGCUCCAGCAGUGGAGUUUCCGAACGUGAUAUCACCAUUUGCAUCUUCUUUUGAGCUGCUUGGUCACAGCGCCGCUAAUAACAACGACGCUGCCGUGGAGUUGAUCGAGCAUAUGUGGGGAUUCAUGUUAGACGGACCGGGCAUGACGAACUCUACGCUGUGCGAAGGUUACAGGAUUGAUGGAUACAUCCAUUAUCCAGCAUACUGGCAACUAUCCCGCAAUUCGCAUGCUCACGGCUGGGCAACAGGCCCAACCACCGUCUUGAUGCAAGGUAUCCUAGGUAUCAAGCUGCUGUCUCCCCUCGGGGAAACAUGGGAAAUUCAGCCCAAACUCACCAAGUGGUUGAGCUAUGCUCGCGGUGGUUUCGCAACCAAGCUCGGUAAAUUCGAAGUCUCGAUUGCCUUGAUGCGCAGCUUGAGCACAAGCCGAAGGGUUGAAGCCCUCAAUGUCACAUAUCCUGCUGGUACGGAGGGUCUUGUGACAUGGGGAGACAAGGCUCAAUUCCGAAGCGAGGAUAUGGGAACGAGUUUCAGUAUUUACCGAUACCUGGAUGUGGCAAGCCAGGAUAGAUGGCAGACGUGGGGUGUUGACGAUGUUCAUGACUUUGUUGAGGAUAAGACGUGGAUCAAGCCUCAGGUUGAGGAGAGGCCGGAAGGUGUUGUUGACUGGAAAGCUUUGGAGGAGAAUUACGUUCUUGCUAAGCAGCGUUUCACUGCGAGCGAUCUAGUUCAGAUUGAUGACUGGGCAGUCACAGAGAACAUGACCGCGAAACGGAAAUUUAUGGAAGAGGGGACGAAGGAGGAUCUGUAG